AUGGCCUACCCGCCUCCUCCAGGCACCAGUUCUCUUCCGCCUCGGCCCCCAGCAAACGCCGGCGGCAUCAACAAAGCCGCUCGGUCGGGCUUUAAACCCUCUUUCUCGACAACUUCAACAGCCCCGGGACACGCGUACUCGAGCGGCCCAACCUACAACGCUGGCGCAUCACGAUAUCCCGGGGCCCCCACGGCGUCUCAAUAUGGUCAGCCCACAUACUCGUCGGGCUAUGCCGGCGCGCCGUCCGCCCCCGUGAGCGGCGCGGGGCGAGGGUAUGGAUAUCCGUCGGCAGCACAGCAGGGCUACGGCCCCCAGAGUCACUCCCACGGCCCUCCGUCGUAUUCUGCGGCGCCCCAAAUCAGAAAUCCUUUCCCGACGCCCGGCCACCAAGCCGCCGUUGUCUCCAACCCCAGCGACUAUGACCCCGACAUGGCCGCGCAGGUAGCCCAGUGGCAGAGCGCGUACUCGAGCGAGGCGACGCCGGUCGUCGACAAGAACGGCAAGCCAGUCGCCCCGACCGUCCCGAAGCCAGAAGUCCCCGCGACAGCUGUCCCGGGCCAGCCCGACAAGAAGAAGACGGUGGUCCGGCAGGGCGGCGGCAAGAAAUGGACCGACGACACCCUCCUCGAAUGGGAUCCCGCCCAUCUCCGCCUGUUCGUGGGGAACCUUGCUGGCGAAACGACCGACGACUCUCUCCUAAAGGCCUUUGCGCCGUGGAAGUCGGUCCAGAAGGCCCGCGUCAUUCGCGACAGGCGGACAAACAAGUCCAAGGGCUACGGGUUCGUCAGCUUCAGCGACGCAGAUGACUUCUUCAACGCAGCCAAGACCAUGAACGGCCAGUACAUCCAGAGCCACCCCGUGAUUGUCAGGAAGGCCAAUACGGAAAUCAAGGCCACCAACGUCAAGGAAAAAAGAAACGGCAAAAACAACAGGAACAAUUGGAAAAAAUCGGGCAACCAGCAGGGCGCCGGUAGUAAUGCCGACGGAGGCGGCACGUACGGCACGUAUGAGCCAGCACUGGGGCCCGUGGCGCCUACGGGGGUGACCAAGCCCGGGCAAAGGACCAAGAAUGGCCUGCGACUGCUGGGGUAG